GAAACAUUGACUGGUCUUGCGACGAUACGAGCGUUCCGUGAACAGGACCGUUCCAUUAGGAAUGCUGAAUCUGGACUCGACUUGGAGAACAGGGCAUAUUACAUGACUAUUUCCAUUCAACGAUGGCUCAGUGUCCGUCUCGAUAUUUUUGGGAACGUCCUCAUCCUCGGAAUAGCCCUUUUUGCCGCUGGAUAUAGAAAUACCGUCAACCCGUCCAAGAUCGGAGUUGUCUUGACGUAUACGUUGAACAGUAGGUCCCUAAUAUGCUUACUCGGGGCGGUCUUUAACAAAUCUUUUCCAAACAUGAAUGCGGUGGAGCGUGUACUGGUGUAUACAGAGUUGACAUCGGAAGGGAACACCAUUCCACCGGACGAGCCAUCCGCUGAAUGGCCUGAAAAAGGCGUUAUCAGUUUUGAAGACGUUUCCCUGGCCUAUAGGGAAGGACUCCCACUCGUCCUUCACGGCGUCAGCUUCAAAAUCAAUUCCGGCGAGAAGGUGGGAAUUGUAGGCAGGACCGGAGCAGGCAAGAGCUCCUUACUGCAGGCCCUCUUUCGAAUUGUCGAACUUCAAGGAGGAAGGGUAGAGAUAGACGGCCACGACAUCAGCAAAAUAGAACUCGAUACCCUUAGAGGCCGCCUGGCACUAGUACCUCAAGAUACGACGAUGUUUCUGGGAACUUUACGGGAUAACCUUGAUCCUCAGGGCUCACGCACGGAUGCCGAACUCAUAUCGGUUCUCCAGCGCUCGUGGCUUCUCCCUCCGGACGGCGUCAAGGAUGCAGUAGCUGAGGCCAAGUUCAGCUUGGAUGCGACCGUAGGAGAUGAAGGGUCUAAUUUUAGUGCGGGUGAGAAGCAACUGCUCGCUCUUGGCCGUGCGCUGGUCAAAAAUAGUAGAAUCAUUAUUCUGGACGAAGCGACGAGUAGCGUGGAUGUCGAAACAGAUGCGAAACUACAGAGGACGAUCCAAACCGAAUUUUCUUCUUCGACAGUGCUUUGCAUAGCCCACAGACUGAAUACAAUAGCUUACUACGACCGUGUAAUGGUGAUGGAUGCCGGAGAACUGGCAGAGUUCGACACGGUCGUGAACUUGUUCGACAAAGAGGAUUCUAUCUUCAAGUCGUUGUGCAAUGAGGCAAACUUACAAUGGUCUGACAUUGGGCACAUUCGGAUAGAUCACGGAAAAGCAGUCGUAUAG